AUGUCAUCCGAGAACCGAGAGUUGAUUGCCUUUUUGAGCCUGCUUUUCAGCUUCACCUCUGCGCCCCUUGGCAUUCGCGUAUUUCGCAGCCAAGAAAUCAGUCAGUCCGGCCGCAACCUCGUCGCGAUUGAGCGCAAACCCGUGCCCACGACGCCCGGCGCCUGCCUGCCUGCCAGGAUGGCUCUGCUCAAUGGCCACGGGUCCGGCCCUGCCCCUGGCCGCGCCGCGCUGCCAGACCGCAAUGUCGCUGCCGAGACAAUCGAGGAUGCCUACGUCGCAUUCAUCUUUCACUGCAACCCCGCGCUGCCCGCAGACUGCGACACCGUGACGUUGCGCGAAGCCUUUCGCAACCCGCCUCGCAGCGGCGGCAAGAUCUUUGAACCCUUUACCAUUUACGAGCUCGUCCGCAGGUUUUACAGCAAGGAGAUCAAGACUUGGACCGAACUGACCGUCAAGCUCGGCGUCGAGCCCCCUGAUCCCGCCAAGGAGGAGAGCGUUCAGAAGAUUGCGCAGUAUGGUGUCCGCCUCAAGAAAUGGCUACAUUCUAUGCAUGUAAAAGCCUUCUUUGAGUACCUCAUGGAUAUGCCGAAUGACUAUUGGGUAAAUAUUCCCGUGGACCCCAACCCCGUGGCCACGCCUGUCCGGGAUGGCAUCGCCGUCGAGGACGACAUGGCCCUCAGGGCACUCCUACCUCACAUACGACCCAAGAGGGGCCGCAAGAGACCGGACAACGACAAUGCCAGCAAUGGCCCCAACCAGCGCCAGCGCACAUCACCAGCCCCCGCUGUCGACGAGUAUGCGCCCCAGUCAGCCUGGCCCCAUGGCGCCGACCCGCGAUCGACGCCCAUGGACGCUGCGCCCAUGAGUGCAGUGGGCGGAUGGCCACCCCAUGAAACCAUGCAGACGCCGUUGACGCGCUGGCCCGCUUCGGCCGUCACACCCUCUGUACGGGACGCUUUCUGGGCUGACGAGCCUCGUUCUGCCGUGACGCCGAGCAAGGCGAACGGCCCUCACCAGCGCCGCGGAGCAAAGAAUGUCUCGUCAGCGUGGAAGCUGGGUGGCGAGGACAUGCCCAAGAAAACAAGAGGACGGCCGCCGAUCCACCGCACACCAAUUGAUACCCCGUCAACGGCUGGCACUGCGUGGCCGCAUACACCGAAUGCAUUGCAGUCUCAGGACAAGCCUGAUUUGGAUGGCCACAUGGGAGGUCAACUAUCGCGAAACAGCUCUAUGAGCGCUACACCACCAGUCACGAUGCAGGACAUGUCCCAGCCCAAUAUGACUUUUAACCAUCCUCAACAACCCCAGUAUUCCUCACAUUCUCUCCCACAGAACCAACAAGACGGCUCCCGGUCCGCUCCGUCUUAUCCUUCACAUUCCAUUCCGCAGAGCCAGCAAGACGGCUCCCGACCAGCUCCAUAUCCUCCGCAUUCCAUUCCAGAGAACCAACAAGAUGGCCAUCGACCAGCUCCUUAUUCUUCGCAUUCCAUUCCACAAAACCAACAAGAUGGCUCCCGGCCAGCUCGUCCAAGCAUUUCUCUGCAAGUUCCACAGCGACCCAGUGGCUCGGUGCGUCUAGCAACACCGCCCCCGCCGCAACCGCAAGUACAGCACCCGCAGGCAAUGCCUGCCCAGGAGCAGUCGUACAAAGAACCAUUGCCCAUAUACGACAACAUGCACGCGCCGCCUCCCGGGCAGCCUUUUGCUGUGGAAAAGGACGGGGACAAGUAUAAAAAAUGGGAACCCAUUAACGCGUCAGAAAACGUGGGCAUCGCACUGGGCGAAACUCCGGGCAACAGCAUUCCAGAAUACUUUUUCGAAACAAUGUCGGAUCGCACCAACAUUGAUGGGGUCAUGGCCUACUUUGUGCGUAUGACGUAUGAGUCCCAGUGGUACGACGAGGACGGCAAGUCGACGCAGUGCUCGUCCAUGGAAGAAGCGACGGCCAUUAUCAACGCGACGCUCGAAAACAUGUACAAGACGGCGGCAUCGUCGCAGGCGUUUCUGAUUAACCUGGCGGCGCUGGCGGGGGCGCGGAUGCUCAUGACCAACCUGACGCGGUGCACGCGCCAGGGGGAAAAGGACGGCCACACGACGUACAAGUGCGAAUGGGAAUACCAGUUUGGGCACCUGCACGGCUACUUCAACAUGGCGGCCUCGGUGCCGUUUAGCAUGUGGCGGCUGAAGCCGAGCGCGCGUGGCGGCGGCGGCGGCGGCGAGGGCAGUCACGGGAACGGGGCGGACGGGGCCGGGCGUGACGAGGAUGGGCCGAACACGUCGGACCCGCAGCUGCAGGCAGAGCACUGGCAGAACAAGUACAAAGCGCUUCUGGACGAGGCGGACAAGAAGGAUCGGGAGCUGUUUGAUCUGCGCAAUAAGGUGAUUGACUCGCUCAAGACGCAGCGUGCCACGAUGCCGCCGUGUAACGGGGACAAGAAGAUGUAA